AUGACCGACAGCAACGUUUUGGAAGCGGCCGUACGUGCGGACGACAAAGAAAUUGUCCGAAUAUUAAUAAAUUAUGGAAUUGAUGCCGACUACGGCGACCCGUUGCUUUUAGCAAUACGCCGUGGGAGCAAGGAUGUUGUCGACCUCCUCCUACGGGCUGGUGUUCAUGUUAACCAUGGCAAUACAUUAACGGCUGCUGUAGAACGUGGAGAUACAGAGAUACUCCGAGCUUUACUGAAAGCCAGUACUCAUGUUAUCCACGACGAUAUAUUAAAGAUAGCUGUGGAAUAUGGAAAUACAGAGAUAUUCCGAGCUUUGCUAAACGCCAGUACCCAUGUUAUCCACGACGAUAUAUUAAAGACAGCAGUGGAAUGUGGAAAUAUAGAGAUACUCCGAGCUUUACUGAACGCUAGUACUCAUGUUAUCCACGACGAUAUAUUAAAGACAGCUGUGGAAUAUGGAAAUACAGAGAUACUCCGAGCUUUACUAAACGUCAAUCCUGGUGAUAUUUUGCCUGAUGCGAUAUACAGGGGGAGGAAGGAUUUCGUCAAGCUUCUCCUACAGGCCGGUGCUGACGUUAACCAAAAUUCACCUUUGGCAAUCUCUGCAAGAAAAGGGGAUUCAGAGGUGGUCCGGAUGUUACUAGAUGCUGGCGCUGAUGCGAACACGCCAUGCAUGGAUAGGCUGUAUGGCAGUCCUUUGGUUGCUGCUAUUAUGAGUGGGAGGGAGAGUAUCGUUAAGACUAUCAUAAAAGCAGGUGCUGAUGUUAACAUGUACUGCACCAAUGGGAAGUAUCCCAGUGCUCUGGUUGCUGCCAUACGUGAGUCUGAUACGACAGAAAAGUGGCCUGGCUUUAGUCGGGCAGCGAGGUCUAGGAUCAUUGGAUUGCUACUGGAUUAUGGGGCAGAUGUUAACCUACAGCUGGGGGGCGACGGUUGUAGGAAUGCGCUGGAUGCGGCUUUGCGUAUCAAGGACGACCACAUCAUUCGAACGAUACUCACCGCAGGAGCACAUGUUGCAGACACAUCCGACGGAGUGCCUAUGACGUGUCCGUGGGAGCUCCCUCAUAUUCUCUUGGAUGACACCGAGGAGGUGGAUGUCUUCAACGUAACGACAUUAACCAAGAAGGACGAGGGCGUCACAUCAGCAACAUGCGCCGAAUAUCUGGAAAGGUCGUACGGCAAGCAGGGUAUCGAGGUUUUCGAGAAUAUUAUGUGUGCUCUGAAGGACCCAGACAGUGUUUAUGUUAGCAAAGGAAUCAUAUUUAGGGCGACGAGUCAACAACUAAUUGCUCGUUUCCCGUCGUCCAUGGAACACUUAUUAGAUGCAGUGGCCUGGAUUUGCCUGACGUUUCGCCAACCCCCUCCAAACGGCCCACAAAUAUCAGCAGGGGUGUUGUCUGAGGGGAGGUUUAUAUUCAACUCGUGGGAGCCUCUCAGGGGGCUUACAAUGUCGGACAAUACCUGCUGGUCUGCGCUUUUUGACACGGCGGUGAUAGCUUUGGAGCCGUCGAUAGGGUUAAACUCACACUGGAUGUUGGACAUCAGCUACCGGAAUAUGAUUCAGCUAGCGGCCGUGGAGUAUCCUGUGUUGGUCGAUAAUGGCAUCGUGCUGAUGGGCUAUUCCACUGCCUUGAUCCCCGUCAGAAGGAAUGACAAGCAGACCAUCGAGUGGCAUUUGGAAGUUGCAACCCAUGACGAUCAAUUCAACAUAUCCGAGCUGACCGUCACCAAGGGCCCUUGGCUGAGGACGCAAGAUAUGAAUGACCUGAGGUCGGAGAGGAAUCUCCUGGGCUGGUGCUCCAAUGCGAAGGUUGCCUUGGGGACAAUUCAAGGGACAUCAGAUAUCAAAAGGUCUGGCGCACGCACAAAGCAUACUUCAUGGCAGUGGACAGGUGCAAACCUCCAGCUAGUUGGACAGUCUGGGGGUCCAGCCCAGGUAGGAGGUCAACUGGGCCUAGCAUUCUCUCGAAAGAUGAUGGCCGUUCGUUUUAGCCCGCCCGGCAAUUAUCUAAAAUGCUUGCGGAAUAGCAUCUCGGAGCAGAUUAUUGUAUACGACACUACACAGCAGAGAGCGUGGCUCAUUCCACUUGUAUGCGUGCUCCAUCAAAUGCUCCUCUCUUAUGCCAAAGGUCACGGACUAACAUCUGGCGUACCUCAAACGACGUCUGAGAACAACAACGGCGGUCUCGCUUCCUUCGAAGCAUUAAGGGAGAAAGCUCUGUCCGCCGUAGACAACUCGUCUAACCUGCAAUUAACGGUUGGCGAUCUUAUCAUGGGAUUCUCGGUCAAUCUGUCAAAAGCCCUCCUGCAAAAGCCAAGUGGCCCUAAGAUAUACGGCUACGAAUUCUGGGAUAUCAUCGAAGAUUCAACGCAGAGUGACCUAAAGCAGCAACGGCUUGAACGGCAGGGCCUAGCUUGGGCACCCCUUUUGGGCGAGAUAAAAUGUCUCUUCUGCUCGAACUUUGGAGACGCUAUUGUCGGACAUCGUGCUCUCUGUGCUGAUUCGCCUUGCAACCGAGUACCAGAUAGGCAGGAUCUAAUGGCCGCCUCGGUUUGUAGCGUAACUGCUCUGUUGGCAAGACAUGGCCCCAGCCUUCGAUUUAACCAUUGCUCAAGCAUACUGGCGGAAAGUCAUUUCCAACAAUGCUCCCACCAGAAUAGCGGAGAGACGUGCUGGAACUCUCCGGCCUUUCUGCAGGAUAUGCGUUCCCCAGGGCAAGGGUCUGCGGUCAAGACAGAUACAUUCCCUAAUGGUGCUGUUGUGUUUGGCGCAAGGAAAAGAGACUUGUCUAUUCUCUUCAAAGAUAGAGGGAAAUAUGAAAAUGUGCGGGCAGUCUUCUCGAAGUGA